AUGUCGCUCAAGGCUGCCCGCCCGUUCCGCAUCCUCGCGCUGCCGCUGGUGCGCCUCCCGCACGGCGCGCUGCGGGUGUCGGCGCCAGCGAGCGCUGCGAGUGCCGCCACGAGCGGUAACUCGUCGGCGAGCGCUAGUGCUGGCGCCGGCGCCAGCGCCAGCUCAUCGGCUUCGGCGUCGGCAUCAAGCACCGAGGCCAGCACCGCCGCCUCCGCCUCCGCCGCCGCCGUCGCGGCCCGCGAAACCCCCCUAAUCCUCUACCACGUGCAACAGCCGGCCCCGCCAGCGUCGGACGGCCCGCCGCCACUGUACCAGCGCGCGCUGGACCGCGCGUCCAACGAGUGGCUCAAGCUCGGCAAGAAGAAGGAGGGCAGCUGGAUGCGCUGGUUCUUCGACAAGGGCGAGGGCCUCAUGGACCGCAUCGAGUACGAGGAGUGGAGCCUCAAGGCCAUCCACGAGGGGCAGGGGAUCAAGAUUGACAAGGCGAGCGGCAAGCCCGUGGGCGAUGGCAAGGUGACCCUCCUUCGACCUGGCGGACCGGCAGCGACGGCGCUGGGCCUGCCGCCGCUCCUGCCCAAACUGCACCGCACGCUGCUCCACCGCAUCCCGUACCACAAGAAGAUGAUGCGGCGGUUCAUCUUUGCCACCCCGCUCACCUGGCCGUUCGCCAUCAUCCCCAUCAUCCCCAACUUCCCGCUCUUCUACGUCCUCUGGCGCGCAUGGAGCCACUACAAGGCGUGGCGCGGCGCGACGUACGUCGAGGCGCUGCUCAAGGGCGGCGUGAUCACCGAGGAGGACAGCGAGGUGCUCGGCAAGAUCUACACUGCCGCGGCGGAGGCGAAGGGUGCCGAGCCAAAGGGUGCCGGUGAGGCGGCCGACACGGUCCCCUACCCCGGCCUCAUGGUCACCAAGGCGCAGAUCCCCGCUCUCGUCGCCGAGUUUGAGCUGAGCGAGUCCGAGGUCGUCGAUGUCGCCCGCGCUAUUGAGCAGGCCGACCACCGCGCCAAGGACGCCGAGAAGAAGCUCAACGACGAGGCCAAGGAGAAGAAGUGA